AUUUAGGUGCUGUAGUGUUACCAGUAAAGUGUCCGCGAUCACUGACUGCCUCUGCUGCUGUCCGUGUUGGGUCGUUCCUUCUCUCCUCAAUCGUUCUCGCGCAUCAUCGGACAUCUGACACAACAAAAGCAUAGACGCUUCUGGUUAAAUGAACGACUCGGAGUCUUCCAGCACAGUCAUAUGAGGCUGAUGUAUGUGUCCAGUGAGGAAGCUGCAGUCCCAGGGAGCCGCAAAGCACCUCCUCUUGGCCUGGACCACUCUGCCCUGCUCCUGUCCCAAGGGGCAUGCCUUCUGAACCCAGCCUUAGUGGGGAGAUGCUGACAGGACAGAGGCUGUGUCAGUCUAAGUCCCACCAGGACUUGGUGCUGUCUGCCUUGAACCAGCAGAGGAAGGAUGGGCUGCUCUGUGAUGUGACACUGGUGGCCGGAGAACAGAAGUUUCACGCACAUAAAGCUGUUCUGGCAGCAUGCAGUGACUACUUCAGGGCCAUGUUCAGUUUGUGCAUGGUGGAGAGUGAAGCGGAUGAAGUUACACUGCAAGGAGUGACCAGCGUAGGACUGAAGCAUGCUUUAGACUUUGCGUACACUGGACAAAUCGUCCUGGAGCCUGGGGUCAUACAGGACGUCCUGUCUGCAGGGAGCCACCUUCAACUGCUGGAACUCCUGGGCCUUUGCUCGCACUACCUCAUCCAGGAACUUAGUAGUGUAAAUUACCUGGAGUUGUACCGCGUGGCUGACCUCUUCCACCUGCCUGCCCUGGAGGAGGCUGUCGUGGGCUUCCUGGUGGAACAUCUCUCUGAGUUGAGCCAGAGUCGACAGGACGAGGCCCUGCAGCUGCCCUACCGCCUACUCCGGGAGGUCCUGAAAAGCGACCGUCUCACCUCACUCAGCGAAGAUGACAUCUGGAAGUUGGUCGUGUUAUGGCUUGAACACGACUGUCGCUACCAGUACACUGAAGAUCUUAUACAGCACGUGAGAUACGGCCUUAUGGAUGUCCCCACACUCCAUCAUCUCGCUCGAAAUCACCCCCUGGUCCAGUCUAGUCCCACUGCUGCCGCCCUGGUGGAGGAAGCCUUGGACUACCACCAUGCCACUUAUGCCCAGCCACUACAACAAUCUGCCAGAACUAGACCAAGAUUUCAGUCUUUAACACUAUACAUUGCUGGUGGAAGGAAGCGUGAAGUUAGCCGGGUGCGUGAGUUGAGAUACUUCAACCCUGCUGCCCAGGAUCACGUACGGGUAGCAGGAGGGUCCAAUUGGAGUGAACUAGCACCCAUGCCUACUGGACGGAGCCACCACUGUGUUGCCGUGAUGGGGAACUUUCUUUUUGUGGUAGGUGGUGAGGUGGAGCACGCAACAGGGAGGACAUGUGCCGUAAGGACUGCCUGUAGGUACGACCCCAGAGGAAAUCGCUGGACUGAAAUUGCACCUAUGAAAGUUUGUAGAGAACAUUUUGUCCUGGGAGCUUUAGGGCAGUACCUGUAUGCUGUAGGGGGCAGGAAUGAGCUGAGACAGGUGCUGCCCUCCGUGGAGCGCUACUGUCCCAAAAAGAACAAGUGGAUGUUCGUCCAGCCCUUUGACCGAUCACUUUCCUGCCAUGCUGGGUGUGUGGCUGAUGACCUGCUCUGGAUUUCAGGUGGAGUGACAAACACAGCCCAGUACCAGAAUCGUUUAAUGGUCUAUGAUCCUGAACAGGACCAGUGGUUGGCUCGCAGUCCCAUGUUACAGAGGCGAGUGUACCACGUCAUGGCCGCGGUGAGGAGGCAUCUCUACGUGCUAGGCGGGAAUGAUUUGGACUACAACAACGACCGGAUACUGGUCAGGCACAUCGACUCAUAUAAUAUGGACAUGGACCAGUGGACACGCUGCUCCUUUAGUCUGCUCACAGGUCAGAACGAGUCCGGCGUGGCGGUUCAUGAUGACAGGAUCUAUGUGGUGGGAGGCUACUCCAUUUGGACCAACGAGCCUCUGGCAUGCAUUCAGGUACUAGAUCUUAGUACAGAGGGCAAGGAGGAGGUUUUCUAUGGACCAACACUGCCUUUUGCCUCUAAUGGAAUAGCCACCUGUUUUCUUCCUGCUCCAUAUUUCACCUGCCCAAACCUACAGACGCUGCAAGUACCCCAUCACAGAAUUGGUGCUGUCUAAACCACUGCUUAAAGUCUCACUAAAAGACUAUACCCUCAUAUUGACUGAACAUCGCUAUGUUUGAAACUAGCACACAUGUUACAUUUAUCUAACUUGAAUUUCUUAUGCUACUGUAUAAGGCAAGCUAUAGGAGAUUUUCCCAAAGCCCAAGGCACCAGUUUUUAAAGUACAGUCAAGAUGCAACAGGUUUUUAAAAAUGUACAGGAAAAAGGAUUGAAGGAUAUUAUCUUCAACCUUGAAACUGGUAAAGAAUAUGCUGUUUGAGCUUCUUCACUAUUCACAGCCCGUACAAAGUUGUGAGUAAGGCAAGCCAUUAAAGGGCUAAGGCUUUUUAAAAAUGCUAUAGAUUAUGUGACUACUUAUUACUCUGUAGGUCCUCAUAAAUUAUAAAGCUCUGCUAUUGAAAACCUUUUUGUUUUGCACUUUAAGGAGCUAUUGGUACCAAGACUGACACUUAGUAAGUAAAAAAAAAAAUGCUUUAAGUGGCUGGUUUGUUGCUUAUUGGGUGAAAGUCAUCUAUGAGUGUGUUUUAAAUACUUUUAUACACUGGACCUUAAACUGGUGAAACGGAUGUGAAUGUCUGCUUGUCAUCCAGAGCAUUUUGAUUUCUUAUUAUUCCCAAAUGUAUAAAAACAAUACUGUGUAAAGAUUCUAAGCAGAUUUGGACAAUGUUGUUAAUAUGGAACUUAAUUUGCGAAAUAUCAGUGGUGGGCCAAAGAGAAAUGUUUCUCACUCAACACAUUACAACUGACUCAUGAACAUACUGAUAUUUUCAUAAAAGCUUUUAUUUUGAAAUAGUAAAUCUAUGAUUGAGUUCUUGUCAUAAACUACUAUUUGUUUUGACUUUGUGUCUUUGGCACAGUACUGUAUCCAAUGUCAGGCUCAUUCCACUUUUGUUGUUUUGCUACGAACAAAAUGUGAUCUCAGCACCUUUCCUUAUUUGUUCAAAUACUGUAAGUGUGCAAGAUUAUGUGAAGAUACCCAAAUAAACAUCCUGCAUUAUACAGGGCAGU